CUGGUUUGAAUAAAGGUUGCUGCAGAGAAGUUGAAGCCUCAAAGCUCUUUAAAAGGAAUUAGUUCCUCAUCAUAAUGUAUUCCUUCCAAAGUUCCUUGUGGACCCUUUCUAGCCCUGCAAUACCUAGUGGCUGCACCGUUGCCAACAGCUUACACCCCAAAACCCAUAUAUCUCCUUUGUUCAUCAGCAGUUGCCAAAACAGCAGGAAUAUCAAGUCUGCUUUGGCAAUCAGGGCUGCUGGGAAGAAUGUUGAUCAUGAUGACGCCAUUUCAACAACCACCAACUCCACCACCGUCCCUCUAAUGGAAUCCUCUGAUGGUCUUGGGAUUGUUGAUUUCCUUCAGGGAAAGAACUAUUUCAUCACCGGUGCAACAGGGUUUGUAGGCAAAGCUUUCGUUGAGAAGAUGCUGCGAGCAGUGCCUAAUGUGGGGAAGAUAUUUCUUUUGAUUAAGGGAAAAGAUAAAGAAGCAGCUACGAGGAGAUUGCACGACCAAAUCAUGGACACAGAACUUUUCAAGUCUCUAGAACAAGUGCAUGGAACUUCCUAUAAAACUUUCAUGAAGAGUAAGCUGGUUCCAGUUGUUGGGAAUGUCAAUGAACCUGAUCUUGGUAUGGAUGCUGAUAUGGCGAGUGAGAUUGCCAAUGAAGUUGAUAUAAUUGUGAAUUCAGCAGCCAAUACAACAUUUGAUGAUAGGUAUGAUGCUACACUCAACACAAACACCAUGGGACCUUAUCGGCUCCUAGGCUUUGCAAAGAAGUGCAAGAAACUAAGUCUUUUCUUGCAUUUCUCAACUGCAUAUGUCCAUGGAAAAAGGGAAGGGAUAAUCUUGGAGAGGCCUUUAUGUGAGGGUCAGAGCGUAGCAGAAGCAGAAGAAAGCAUUCCAGUGCUGGAUAUCAAGGCUGAAAUAAAACUGGCUUCGAACUUGAAGAGAUCUUUCUCUGGCACUGAAAUACCCUGCAACCAGAAGAUGAAAGAGCUGGGCAUGGAGAGGGCAAGAGCGUUUGGAUGGCAAAAUACGUACUCUUUCACCAAGGCCAUGGGUGAAAUGCUUAUAAACAGCACGAGAGGAGAUAUUCCGGUUGUCAUCAUCCGUCCUAGCAUUAUUGAGAGCACCUUCAGGGAGCCUUUCCCUGGAUGGAUAGAGGGCAGCAGGAUGCUAGACCCAAUCAUAAUUGGUCACGCGAAAGGUCAUCUCACAGGCUUUAUCGGGGACCCUGAAACAGUGAUAGAUGUCGUUCCUGUAGACAUGGUUGUGAAUGCCUCAAUGGCAGCCAUGGCAAAGCAAGGACUUACUGGAAAACCUGGACUAACUGUCUACCAUGUCACUUCAUCCGUUGCAAAUCCAGUGGAUUUACAAACACUUUUAAAGUCCUCAAGUGACCACUUCAAUUGUUUUCCUAUAAAGGACUUGAAAGGGCCGAAAAUUACCGGCACAACAGACAUCAAGUUGUUCAGAUCAGUAGACAUUUUCUCCUCCUACAUUCGGGGUGAAAGCACAGUUGGACAAAAUGAGCUGAAAGGGGGUGCAGCUUCUUCAGACCCAAAGCUACGUCGCAGGCAAGAAACUGAAUACAGGAAAAUCAAGCUGUACAUUCACCUCGCUAAGCUAUAUGAGCCUUUCAGUCACUAUAGAGGAUGGUUUGACAGCGGCAACACUGUCAAAUUAAUCAGAGAUAUGUCUACGGAGGAGAGAGAGAACUUUGGGUUUGAUGUUCAGAGCAUAGACUGGGAGCAUUACUUCUUAGACAUUCAUAUUCCAGGUUUAAGAAGACAUGUCAUGAAGGAACCCCACAACCUUUGUUUCAACAGAACAGAUGAAAAUUCUUAA